CCGGGAGUUGCUAACGCCCAACCUUUGGGAACCUUUGUCAGAGAAUAUAGUUGAAGAACAUCUGAGAAAAUGUCUUCUUACGGCUCAGGAAACAGCUGGCAGAUCUGCAGAAGAAGUUGCUGCUUCGAUGAUUGCACAUUUGUACACAAGUAUAAAUAUUGUUACAAUUACCAGAACACCAUCUGCAGCAGGGAGGAGAUGUGUCCAUACAUCCAUAUAACAAGUGUGGAGCAGGCCAGAUAUGAGGCAACAGGGAAAGCAACGGAAUAUCUAAAGCAAGAGGUUGGCCGGACCCUCCAAAAUCCAAAUAUUUGCAAAGAUUUUAAAAAUGACAAUUGCAAUAGGGACAAUUGUAAUUUGCGACACGUAAAUUCAAAUAGGUCAUUAGAGUGUCCAAUAUGUUGUGAAGAAGUGAAAAGAGAUACUUUUGGCACAU